ACAUUGAUUUGCAUUGGCUUAAAGAUUGACUUACCUCAACCUAUCAAGAGGUGUAAGGAGAAGGAUUAUUCGGUGGUGACCGUGAAGUGUAAGGAUAGGUUGAAGCUUAUGUUUGAUAGUGUGUGCACGCUUACCGCCGUGCAGUAUGUUGUUUUCCAUACAACUAUCUCGUCUGACGGGCCCUACGCCUCGCAGGUACGUUUUCAGAUCUUCUUGCUUUUUGUCACGAGGGCAGGAGUCUCGACUGUGGGUGAACAAGCCGUGGAUGUAUUCUACGUGAGAGAUGCUUCGGAGAAGUCCGUGGAUGCAAAAACUAUCGAGGGCCUAGUACACAAGAAAAUUGGGCAGAUAGAGGGUCAACGUGAAAAAUGCCCCUAG